AUGAUUUUUGAUUCUCAAAUUGCUGAAGAAGACUAUAAGCAUGCUGUCCAAGUUUGGAAUAAGUUCAAUAUUAGUACGUUGGGAGAAUAUUCAGAUCUUUAUCUGAAAACUGAUGUUUUACUAUUGGCCGAUGUUUUCGAGAGUUUUCGAGAAACAUCUCUUAAAGCCUAUGAUUUAUGUCCCGCUCACUUUUAUACGACUCCUGGACUAACUUUUUCAGCAGCUUUAAAAAUGACAAAGGUAGAAUUGGAGCUUCUUACAGAUAUUGACAUGCUAAUGUUUAUCGAAUCGGGCAUUCGAGGUGGAAUAAGUCAGUGUUGUAAUCGAUAUGCCAAGUCAAAUAAUCCAUAUAUGGGUUCUUCAUACGAUAAGGAUCAGAAAACAAAGACUCUCUUAUAUUUUGAUAUCAACAAUCUUUAUGGAUGGGCAAUGGUACAGCCUUUACCAGUUGGAAAAUUUGAAUGGAUUGAUUAUGAGAAAAAUCCAAGUUUUUUCAAUACACCACCAGAUUCUGAUAUAGGCUAUUUUGCUGAAGUUGACUUGGAGUAUCCUGAAGAAAUACAUGAUGAUCAUAGGGAUUUACCUUUUUGCGCAGAACAUCUUGCACCACCUGGUUCAAAGCAGAAGAAACUUCUCACGACUUUGAAUGACAAGAAAAGGUAUGUCAUUCAUUAUCGAGCACUUAAGCAGGUCUUAGAUAAUGGACUUCGAUUAAAAAAGGUGCAUAGGAUUUUGAGUUUUGAGCAGAGGGCGUGGCUCAAACCAUAUGUUGAAUUUAACACAGAAAAGCGAAAGCAAGCAAAGAAUGAGUUUGAAAAACUCUUCUACAAAUUGUUAAUUAAUGCAGUCUAUGGAAAGUGUAUUGAACGAGAGUGGAAACGUGUAGAUGUGCGAUUACUGAAGAGGACAAGUAUUACAAUCAAAAAACCAAUAUACGUUGGUCUCUCAAUUCUAGAUUUGUCAAAAACAUUAGUAUAUGAUUUUCAUUAUUCAUAUAUGAAAAAGCGAGUUGGAGAAAAAUGCAAACUCCUGUAUACGGAUACUGAUAGUUUAAUAUAUGAAGUUGAGGAUAUAGAUAUGUAUCAAAUAAUGAAAGAAGAUGUACAUAAAUUUGAUACUUCUGAUUAUGAUGAAAAUAAUCAGUUUGGAAUUCCACGUGUUAAUAAAAAAGUUCCUGGAUUGAUGAAAGACGAAUGCUGUGGUAAAAUUAUGACAGAAUUCAUUGGUUUAAGAAGCAAAAUGUACAGUAUUUUGGUUAAUGGAGCCGCGACAGUGAAAAAAGCUAAAGGUAUAAAAUCUAGUGUUGAAAAAAUUGCUCUAAGUCCACACGAUGAUAAAAGAUUCUUAUUGCCUCAUAGUACUGACACUUUGCCUUGGGGACAUUACAGAAUUAUGGAAGAACAGAUGGCGCAAGCUGCUAUGCAAGUAGAGGGAGAUGCGGUGGAGGGGAUUGUGGUGGAGGAGAGGGGCAACAAUGGCGAAGGACGAAAAAGAGAGGGAGAAAGUGAGUGGGGGCAUGAAGCAACCAAUGAGAAUGCUUCGCGGGUGGGGAUGACACUUUAUGCUGAUGGAGGGGAACCAAUCAAGAUUGAAUAUGAUGUUUAG